AUGGCGGACCGCUUGCACUCCCGCCAAGGGUCCGACACUUCCCUCAAUAGUGCGUCCAUUGCUUCUCCACGAUCCAGCAUCGAAUCCCGGUCUCCCUCUGCACGAAACCAACUCCGCGUUUCAGCAAACCACCAGCACAGACAAAGCUUGAGCGAAUCGCUUCGUGGCCCACCCGGCUCUCCCCGCGCACGCCGGCAACCGUCCCUCCCACAGUCCGCCGUCCAGAGCCUCAUCGAUAAUCCCCCGGUGCCGAAGACCACCAACCCUGCCUUUGUUGGUCGUGAUUGGAGAGAGAUCUCAAUUGGCGAGCUGGUCAGCCCGGAUGACCUGAAGUUUGUCGAGCUUGAUACGGGAAUUGAAGAUGCGACUAAUAUCUUGAUUGAUUCAGGUGCAGCUGUGUUGUUGAUUCGCGAGACGCCUGAAGCCACUUCUGCCGUUGGCACGUUCGACUAUGCCGAUCUCAACUCCUAUCUCCUGCUGGCAGCGGGCCUGACACACCCCGACGAAGCGCAUCAAGCGUCAUAUGAAGAGCUAGCCAAGAAAGCUCACGACGGCGUACCUAUUCCCCUGAGAGAUGUCAAGAAGUUCGGUAUGGAGAAGGAACCGCUGAUCAAACUACCGGCGUCGGCCAAUGUCUUGGCCGCAGUGGAGAUAUUUGGUGGUGGUGUUCACCGGGUUGUGGUGGUCAAUGAGUCGAAUGACCAAGAAGUGGUCGGAAUCUUCAGCCAGUUCCGACUGGUCAAGUUCCUCUGGGAAAAUGUCCGCAGCUUCCCAAUCAUUGAAGAGCUCUACCCGAAGGCUCUGCGCGAGCUGGUUAUUGGAUCUCAUGAAGUCAUCUCAAUCAAUGGUGAUAGACCCCUCUCCGAAGCCCUUCAUAUGAUGAACAACGAGGGUAUGUCCUCGAUCGUGGUUGUUGAUAACCACUUUAACGUUCUUGGGAAUAUCUCCACAGCGGAUGUCAAGCUUUUGACCCGAUCAUCUUCAUUGCCACUUCUUCAAAACACCUGUACUCACUUCAUCUCGGUCAUUCUUUCCACAAGGGGAUUGAUGGAGGGUAAAGACUCAUUCCCCGUCUUCCACGUCAAUCCUGGAUCGACACUGGCUCACACAGUCGCAAAGCUCGUGGCAACCCGGUCACAUCGGCUCUGGGUGACCGAUCCAUUAUCUCCAACUUCAUCGGGACCGCCAACUCCAUCGCAGUCUUCAGUACACAUCCCUCUUUCCAACAGCAUCGGCCCAACUACCGGAUAUAUUGCAAAUUCACCACCACCGUCUCCUUCUGCACCCGUGACCCCUCCUACGCAGCCCUCUCAAUACACUGCGCCUCACCUACCAGCCCCUAACCCACCCUACACAUACCCAGCCCCAGGCGUGUCGGUCCCAGUGCCAUCGCCCAUCUCGCAUUCUAUUCCCUCCUCCGCCCUAGACGGGGCCCGACUGUCCGGGCGUCUAGUUGGAGUAGUCAGUUUGACUGACAUUCUGAAUUUGCAUGCCCGAGCUAGCGGGCUGAACCCAGCUGACCCCGCGGAGUCUCGUAGCCGCCGCCGACGCAGUAGUUCGUCAAGCCAGAGUGUGCGCCGCAGCGGUGACAUUGGCCGGGAGCUUUUCAGCCGUGGUAUGUAA